UUCUAAUCACGGUGAACAGGUCACUAGACCUUCAAGAAUAUUCACUAGACAAUUUUUAUUUAUGUUUAAAUGGUCAUGAAAACGAUAAGUGAUUGGAAAUAUUUAGAUAUCUCUUUUUAUCGCAAAACGGACUGCGCAUUGUAUUACUACAUUGAAAAAAUAUUAUUUCCGCAUGAAUUUAAUUCGAAAAUAUUCAAACUGUUUUAAUAGCUUCUAGAAAAACAAAUAUUUAAAGUAUUUAUAACAGUUUAGUUUUUGAACGGAUUGUUCUUCUAGUGGAGUUUUAAAUUUCGAAUAUGAAGUUCCAAUGUCAGUUAAUUAAUCAAAAAUGGGAAAGGUUUUAUUUUCCAAAAAGGUACAUAGUUGCAAUACUAGGAUUUUUAGGAAUAUUUAAUAUUUUUACUAUGAGAGUGAGCAUGAGCAUGAGUAUAGUAGCCAUGGUUAAUCAUACAUAUGAAUCAACUAUAAAUAGUUCCUACAGCGAAACUGAAGAAUGUCAGAAUCUAGAGCACAGAAAUACAGCGUUGAGUGAGGAUAAUUUAUAUAAAGGUAAUAAAUAUAAUUGGGAUUCCACCAUUCAAGCCACCAUACUAGGAUCUUAUUAUUAUGGUUACAUAUUGACUCAACUGCCAGCAGGUGUUUUGGCUGAAAAAUUUGGUGCAAAAUGGUUAUUUGGAGGUGGACUAUUUGUAACAGCUGUAUUCUCUUUGUUAACUCCUGUAUUUACAGCCUGGGGACCUGUCGUUCUCAGUACAUUACGUGCUUUACAAGGACUGGCUGAUGGAGUGACUAUUCCGUCAAUAAACCUGAUCAUAAGCACGUGGUCUCCAAAAAAUGAAAGAAGUAGACUCUCAACUAUAAUAUUCACUGGUGGACAAAUUGGUAUGGUUACUGCAAUGCCCAUAGCAGCUCUGCUAUGUAGUACAGAUUUGCUUGGAGGAUGGCCAUCAGUAUUUUACGUCUUUGGUAAUUCUUUCUUUUUUUAAAAAAAAAGACUUAAAACAAUACUAGGGGUUAACUGCUUAGCUUUUGGCAAAAGGCUUCAUAACUUUUAGUAUAAGGUAUAAUUUUGCCGUCAUUUUAAAUAUUUCACUAUUCAAUACUGCGAAUAUUUCAAUACUGUUACUUUUUAUACAUAAGCUUUGAAUAUUUGAUAUGUAACUGUGAAAAAAUUACCUAAAUUCAAAUUUACAGAAGUAAAAAUACUUAACCGUUUACAUAUCAAUGUUCUAUUUUUGGAACAUACCCAUAGAUUGCCAACUUUUACUCAUUAUGCGUGAAAUUUUAAUUUUACAUUUAAAGUGAUAGAAA